CGCUGAUCAGAUUCCCCCGUUGUCUCUUCACUUUACUCCACGCUCCUUUUCGUUCGUCUUGAUCUCGCCCAGUCAAUUUAGGGUGGCCGACGCCUCCCUCUCCUUCCCUUCAUUUGUUUACCCCACGCCAGAUUCUUGCUUAUCUGGGUUGUUUAUUCGCUCCACUGCCAAUCAUUCGCCAAUUUGAUCUUCUGCCCUUUUGGUCGCGGUUCCUCGUUCCCGAUUGCUGAUUUUUCGCCGGCUGGAAGGGGCGGAUCUUUGGAGCGCCUUGAUGUUGUGCUGAGUUGCUUGCUUGCUUGGACAUGGGAUUGGUGCCCAAGGUGGCGCAGCUGGCCUCGUGGGAGGGGUCCAAGGAGGGGAGUGCGAAGAAGACGAGGCGGAAGAAGAGCAAGGGCAGCAGUAGCGGCAACGGCGAGGGAACGGGUUGCUGGAUGAAGUUUCGGUUGAUGGGGGGCUGCGUCCCUUCCAGUUCCAGAGCCAAGGUGGAUACUUCCAUCAGCAGCGUUGCUACUCAGUGCGAAAGCAAGUCUACUAAUGAUGGUAGUAGGGAUCAGCCAGUUGCUCCAAUAGCAUCUGGUUCUACGACCACGAGUAAUGCUGAAAGUAAUUCAUUUCUGUCAAAAGUUGGGGAGGAGCUUAAGGUUGCAACUCAACUGCGGAAAUUCACUUUCAAUGAGCUCAAAUCUGCAACAAGAAACUUCAGACCUGAAAGUCUUCUUGGAGAGGGAGGAUUUGGUUGUGUCUUCAAAGGAUGGAUCGAGGAGAAUGGAACUGCUCCUGUGAAACCUGGUACGGGACUUACUGUUGCUGUCAAAACCCUUAACCAUGAUGGACUUCAAGGGCAUAAAGAAUGGCUGGCUGAAGUUAAUUAUCUUGGUCAACUUCAACAUCCAAAUUUGGUAAAGUUGAUCGGUUAUUGCAUUGAAGACGAUCAAAGACUGCUGGUGUAUGAGUUUAUGCCUCGUGGAAGUUUGGAAAACCAUCUAUUCAGAAGAACACUUCCUCUGCCAUGGUCUGUAAGAAUGAAAAUUGCAUUCGGAGCAGCAAAGGGUCUUGCUUUUCUUCAUGAGGAAGCUGAAAGGCCAGUGAUAUAUCGGGAUUUCAAAUCAUCAAAUGUCUUGCUAGAUGUGGAUUACAAUGCUAAGCUGUCAGACUUUGGACUCGCUAAAGAUGCUCCUGAAGGUGAUAAAACUCAUGUGUCUACUCGAGUGAUGGGUACAUAUGGAUAUGCAGCACCCGAAUAUGUUAUGACAGGGCAUUUGACAUCAAAGAGUGACGUCUACAGCUUUGGAGUGGUGCUGCUUGAAAUGAUGACAGGCAAAAGGUCAAUGGACAAGAACAGGCCAAACGGAGAGCACAAUCUUGUGGAGUGGGCACGCCCACACCUUGGGGAAAGGCGUCGAUUUUAUAGACUUAUAGAUCCUCGCUUGGAGGGUAAUUUCUCCAUCAAAGGUGCACAGAAAGUAUCCCAACUUGCACAAGCAUGUCUCAGUCGGGAUCCCAAAGCAAGGCCACUCAUGAGUGAUGUUGUUGAAGCCCUCAGACCAAUAAUCAACCUUAAAGACCUGGCAAGUUCAUCUUACUUCUACCAGACUAUGCAAACAGAACGUUCAAUGACACAUUCCAAUAGUCUGGGUUCUAGAAAUGGAUUGAAACCACAAGGCUCCUUUGGAAGCCACGCACAACAGCCAACAAGGAGCCUUUCACAAGGUGCACAUGCUUCCCCAUAUCGCCAGUCUCCAAAGCCCAAUGUCAGAUGACCAUCGGCGUAUGAAUUAUCAUUUCUACUCAGGGAUUUAAAAGGUUUAGCUUGCCAGAUUAACAGCUUUGUAUUGUUGAUGAUUCAUCUGUGCCAGUCCAAUGGGGCUUUCUGUGGAUACAAGAUUAUGGGAUGUGGGCAGUUUUAUUGGUGUCACCAUUUGAUAGCUAUGAGUCUCUUAAAAUGUAACUGUGAUGAAUAUUUAUUUACGAGUCGCCGUCUGUUUGGCCCAUUGUUGGCAUGCCUAUCA